UUCUUCUUUUAUCCAUUAAAACCGUGUAAAGCUCAUCAUUUCAGUUUUUCCUUUCCUUUUUUAUCUUUCUUGCUAAAAAAAGUUUCAUUCUUUACCAUCUUCAGAUCUGUACACACACAAAUUCAGCUUUGAUAUGUUUAUUUCUUGGGUCUUCUCUCUUCCUGCUGGCUGAAGAAUAGAGCUUCUGGUGAUCACAAGAAUAGGAUGUGAGUAAGGUUUCAUAACGGAAGGUCAUAAACUGAUGUGGAGGUACGAGUGAUCACAAGAAUAGGAUGUGAGUAAGGUUUCAUAAAGGAAGUUUGUAAACUAAUGCGGAGGUACCAGUCUUGAACUCACGGUGUUUGGUUUGACAAAUAAGAUGUAUAGGUGGUGGCACAAAAUUCUGAUCUUCCUGCUGUUUAGGCUUAAUUGGAGAAGACUGUUUUUUGUUGGAGUUAUUUUCACAACAGCUGGGAUAUUCCUUAUACUUGCUUCACUUCCUUAUCCACUAACCCUAUGGAACCUAUCACCAUCACUAAAAUACUUAGCACAUCAACCCUUAGAUAGGACCACUGUUUUUAUUUAUAAAACGGCAUUGAGGGCCAGUGAUAAGCUUGCAACUUCCAAUGUUGGCACCAAAGUUGUUUCACUAAAGAAUGCUGCUGAAACGAAUCAAUCAAAGAUAGUGAUAGACGGGGAGACUGUUCUUAAUGCCACCAGUGAUGAAAAUAUGGAGACAAAGGAAAAGGUUUUAACAAAACCUCGAGUACCUUCUACUUAUAAAACUUUGACCCAUAGCUCAUUGAGAUACACAGAGUCAUUGAAGCCAGGCGAGGCGCUACUUUAUGCAAAAAAGGAGAUUGAAAAAGCAUCAAUUGUCAAAAAUGAUCGAAACCUACAUGCCCCUCUAUUCCACAAUGUUUCUUCUUUCAAAAGGAGUUAUGAGCUUAUGGAACUCAUACUCAAAGUCUAUAUAUAUCGGGAAGGAAGGAGACCUAUAUUCCACCAACCCUAUCUCAGAGGAAUCUAUGCUUCUGAAGGGUGGUUCAUGAAGUCUUUGAAGUUUAACAAGAAGUUUGUCACAAAUGACCCAGAAAAGGCCCACUUGUUUUACCUUCCAUACAGUGCCCGCCAGAGCGCAUUGGCUCUCUAUGUGCCUAAUUCGCAUAAUCUCAAACCUCUGUCAAUUUAUAUACGGGACUACGUAAACAUGCUCGCUGCAAAAUAUCCUUUUUGGAACCGAAGUCAUGGUUCAGAUCAUUUCUUGGCUGCUUGUCAUGAUUGGGGUUCCUACACAUUAACUGAGCACAAGGAACUGAAAGAGCAUUCUAUUAAAGCACUAUGCAAUGCAGAUUCUUCUGAAGGUAUAUUCAUUCCAGGAAAGGAUGUUUCGUUACCGGAAACCAAGUUAAGAAAUCCAAAGAACCUUCAUAGAAAUCUUGGUGGCAGGAGAGUGUCCGAACGUCAUAUCCUUGCCUUUUUUGCUGGGAAAAUGCAUGGCAGGGUCCGUCCGAUCCUUCGCAAGACCUGGAGUGGCAAAGACAAUGACAUGAGGAUUUAUGGUUCUAUUCCCAUUAGAGUCUCCAAAACAUUAUCUUAUGCUGAGCACAUGAAAUCCAGCAAAUUUUGCAUUUGCCCCAUGGGUUAUGAGGUGAAUAGCCCAAGGAUUGUUGAGGCCAUUUAUUACGAGUGUGUUCCAGUUAUUAUUGCUGAUAAUUUUGUCCUCCCACUAAGUGAUGUGCUAAAUUGGAGUUCAUUUUCAGUAGUCGUGCCUGAAAAAGAUAUCCCUAAACUAAAGGAGAUUUUAUUGGCUAUCACUUUAAGACAGUAUGAAGAAAUGCAAACUAAUGUACGGAUGUUGCAGAAGCAUUUUCUUUGGAACCAUAUACCAACUAAAUAUGAUAUGUUCCACAUGAUUUUGCAUUCAAUAUGGGUUAGCCGGCUUAAUCAGAUUCAAAUGCCAGAGUAAUCAUGAGGUCCUCAGAUUUCUUUUACUUAAUAUGAAGUAAUGUACUUUGUGUUGGUACGGCUAAUUGGUUAGUUUCUCUGAUGACAUAGUCAUAAUGGGAUCUAACUUGUUUGACGGCUGGGACAUCUGUAUUAAUGACUCUCAAGUACAGUGAUUCUGCUCUCUGCAAGGUAAGCGGCUACAUUGCACAUUUGCUGGUACAGUGAGUUUCCAAAUUUGUUGUCUGUACAAAAUUUCCAAUAUGACAGGCGGUGCUAAGAAUCUGUGGUUCCUAGAUAAUUUUUGUGCACAACCCUAGUGCCUUCUUAUGUUCAGUUGCAUAACUAGGCUUACGAGGAAGCUUACUGCUGGACAAAAAUCUCAUAAUGAUGCUAGAAGCUGCAUGGUCAAGGGUAACAAAUCUCUUUCUGCACUUGUGUAUAUAACAAUACAACAGAAUUUCACACUGAGAUGAGGAAGUUCCAGGGAAAUGCUGCAUUUAGUCCCAACGGAUUCUCAGGUUCAUUUCAGUUGUACCUGUUUAUAGUUCUUUCACCUCUUUACACGUUGGAUUUAGAAUAGUGGUUCACUUUCGUAGCACAUUUGUAGAGUUAGCUGCUGCAGAAUAUGUAUGUAGCUUUACAAACUGGUUGCUUUAUUAAAUUGACCUGUUUUUCUCUC